AUGAAUCCUUCCUGCAAACGGCGCAGCACAAGCAAUAUGAGUAUUGACACAUCGCAAAGAAGCUUCACGUCCGACGUAUCUAUGCAGGGAUCGACUUCGACAAUUGCUGGUGACUCAUCAAUGCAGAUUGAAGAAACGUCGGAGAGCUCUGUCAAGUUCGUUCCAACAGGUCAAAAGAUAUGCAUCAUUCCUACCCUUGACAUACACCCUCAUGAUAGACAAAGAGUGCAUGCUCUUGAAAUCUUGCUUGCAGCAAAGACUAGUGAGGUGGACACCCUGAAUGCGGACAUGAAGUCGCGGGGUGCUACCAUCAUCGCUCACAAAAAAGAGAUUUCGAAGCUGCAAGAGGAUUUCAAGGACAGUCAGCAAGAGUUUGAGGAUGCUCAGGAACAGCUCAAAAUAGAAAAUAGAGGCACCUGA